UAUUUAUUUUUUAUUUUAUAAAAUUUUAAAUCUCAAACCCAAAUCCCCACCCCUUAACUAUAAAUCUUAUGGGUAUAAAUAUAUAUUUACUUUUUUAAUGAAAUAUUUUGGUCAUUUUGACUCCUAGAAUCUAUAUUUGUGAUAUAAACUUUUUUAGUGUUAUCCUAAGGUUUUUCCCAAAAUUAAACCAUAAAUUUUUGGAAAUGAUUAAAAUAGCAUCAUGAACCGGUAAAUAUCUUACUAGUUUAAAUCAAGAAGUUUGAAUAAUGACUGAAUGGGGAAAGUUUGUGGUACGAUUCGUAAAGUAGUAGUUGAGGAGACAUAGAAGAAACAUGAUAAGACUUUGGUAUCUACAAACUUGAUGAAGACAAGAAGACAUUAAGCCAAAGCUGUCCAAAACAGCACUCAAACUCGAGUUAAAAAGAUAGAUUCAUUCACUUCCCCUUUAUCCUAACACUUGUUUGUCCCCCUCCCGCACUCAAACAAACAGUUUCUAUCCUUUCUCGUCUCCUCCCACGUGCGUCCUUUAUUAUCUCUCACCAGUAGUUUUCAUUUCUAGAUCAGUUUCUUCAAUGGAUUAGGUUUCUUGACGGUAUAUUAUGUGACUAUUAUUGGAUUCGGCCACAUAUCUAUUUUCUUUAUCCGUUUUGUACCUGCUACUGCUUAAUUCACAUCCGACCCUUACGUAAGGGGAUAUGGUUUUAUAUCAAUUUACAAUAAGUAGAAUGGUUUUAUGUCAUUUAUAUAACACUGUUUCAAGUUAUUUAGUGUUGAGAUUCAAACAUGCUAAAUAUUUAAAUAUUCAAAACGUUAAUCAAAACAUAUCUUGCUCGAUUAUAUUAAGGUGUUUGAGCCAAAAUGUUCAAUCAUACUUGUUCAAGCUACUAAAUACAUGUAAAAACUCUGAAAUUCAAAAUAACCAAGCUAAAAUAUUCAGAAAUCCUAUUACAUGACAAAAAUAUUUAUUUUCGAAUAACAGCUUGGUCAAAUCAAAAUAGGUUAUAACAUGUUAAUAACAGCCCAAAAUUGCUUAACUUAUUUCUCUUUAUCUUAACAUUUUUACCAAAAAAAAACAGCCCAAAAUCACUAGCUACUAUCCAAUUUUUGUCUAUAUUCCUUGCACAAUUUGAUGUUGUUUCAGCUAAAACUCUCGAUGGCUAUAAGAAUUUAACGCCGCAAGCAUGAGCAAGUCUCCAUUGUUUUGAGGUUUUGCUACCUUUUUAGUAACUAAAAAUAUUAAUAAAUUUAAAAAAAAAAACAGAUCGAUCCCACGAGCUAGACUAUAAGUGUGAAUGUGAUUCCGACAAGAGUCAUAUGGUCCCUUCAACUUUUAAAGCCAAUAACUUCAGUGGUCGACCCGACACUACGGCACGAGUAGUCACGCACGACUCUCUUCACAUUGAUAUUUUCCCCUCUACUCUCAUCUGUUUGGUUGAUCUAAAAACAUGUAGAGACCAACCAAAAUGUCAUAUAGUAUAUGAUAUGGACUUCAUAAUCAAGUGUCACUUUCGUUAUCUAGAUUGAUAUCGUGCGAACUAUUUCUUAAAAGUCAAGUUUUUAAUAUUGUGUUAGGCACAAAAUAUAUCUUUUUACCUACGUUUUUAUUAAAUUAAAUCAAACAUAUGUCAAUACCAAGCUUACAACUGAAUUACUAGAGUAAAACAGAUAUAAGAUAAUUGAAAGAAUUCCAAGACCAUAUUCUCUUCUAGACUUUAUUUACUUUUUUCCUAGUCUUUGUGGUAUUUUGUUUGAUGUAUGGUAUAAUUCAGUUUUUAUACACUUGCUAGUAAAAAUCGGAUGUCGGUUAUUCAACAAGUCGUCUCCAUCAUAUAGGGGAGGAGGUAACUAGAAAGGCCAUGAGUUCUAGUCUGUCAUGGUAUUGAAGUAUUGAACCAUUGAAUUUAGAAAUUAUAAGCUAUCUUAUCAAUCCACCAUAGUAAUGGUUGCAAAAACGAAGCACUUGUGAAAUAAAUGUUUUACGAAAAAAGGAAAAUGUUCCUUCCCAAAGAGGGCAGUGUACUCAAGCUCAGGAUGGGCAGACAGUUAAUAGCCUUUAUUCAUAAGUUGAUCUGAACUCUUCCCCAAAUAUUUUACUGAAGUUGCGUAGUGAAUCAAACAGAAGUGUGUAGUGAAUAUUGCGACAAGCUCAAAAAAAGAAGAAGUGGAGUUUGCAAUUUGAUAACAUGAUUCUUAAGAGUCUAAUAAAAACAUUGAAUGUAAACAAAAGUAUGGGACGUUGUCCGUUCCAACAUUAACCAAACUUGUCUAUUAAUAUUCAUGUUAGUUGGGUGUUGCAUGUCUAAAUUCGUUGAAUCAUGUGUCCCUUGAAGAUGCAUGCUCUUGUUUCUAGCUUAGAAGUAUAAAUAUAAAUACACUUAUCAUUUCUUUAGUUGUUUGGUUUGCUUAUCUUAAUAAGUACGCUGAUUGGAUAUUGUGAUAAAUAAAAAUUAGUGAUGCAAACAUGGAAAAUCAGAUAAAGUCAACCAAAAACACUAAAUCGUUUACAAAUGUAUAUGAUUACAAAUUUAUAUGACUAAUGUUAUUAAUUAAUAAUUUAUCUUAGAAUAAAAUGUAUUUACAAAGUCCAUGCAUAUAUACUAUCGAUUAUAGUUUUUCAAUUUAUAUGUAUGCGAAGGUGUAAUUUGCAAUGAAAUAAACAAGAGUUAACAUCUAAUGUAUACAAAAGUUGAAUAAGAAACAAGUAACUAUCAUAAGAUUGUAUUUUAUAUUCAAAAAUCAUAACAAUUUAAAUAAAAUAAUGUAGAAAUAUGUUAGCAUCAAAUGUUGGGAUAUUGGCCGACCUGAACUUAAUAAAUGUCGGAAGUCAUUGCUUUUCUCCCAAAAGACAAAGGUCCUUGUUUCUCUUGUUUCAUUAAUAGUUGUAAAUGCUUUUUCACGAUUGCUAGUCUGUUUAGCAGCUUAAGUAUAAUUAGAAUGACGCUAUAAGUAUCUUCACCCAAACCUAUUUCGUUGAGGGAACGUUUUUACGUAUUUUAAUCAUACUGGCUAUGAAUUAGAAUACGAUAUAACUCAGAUUUUGAAGAUGAGAGCGUUUUUUCUAGUCAAAUAUAUGUUCUGUACUUCUAGUUGUUGGUCCAAGAGAAUUUAUAUGAACUAUAUAGUUGAGGAGUCAAGGAAAACAAAUUAUUAGUAUUCUAAUAUUUGAUUGAUUAGUUUAGUUUAUAUAGUAUCGUGUUGCUUAAGAUACAUAAAGACACAUCCAUGACGACAUGUAUAUUUUUGUGUGACAAAAUAUAUAAUAACUUAAACCUAUUAAACAUGGAUAUUUACGAUAAAGCCAUGCACUCCUCCUUCAUUUUUGUACGCUUUCCUUUUACUAUAAAUAGGGAAUACUCAUGAUCCUCUAAUUAAGCAACCAUCCACACAACCUUUUCCAGGAGGAGCCGGACAACAAACGAAUAUACACUUUUAGUUUCAUCAAAGACGAAGCUGCACUAGAAAUGGAGUUGGAUCUUGAUCUCUCUCUUUCACCUCAUACUAAUUCUUCAAAAUUCGGGUUUUGCUUUGACCUCAACAAGCAUUGCGCGACUGAGGGCGUUGUGUCAUGUUUGAAUACGAAACAAACGCGUUUUGAUUCGAUGUUUUGGUUGGAGAAUAUGGAAGAAGAUUGUUAUGUGCCAAAACCAUGUUCGUUUUCUUUGAAUGGCCAGCCAGACGAGGAGGAUGAAGGUCCUUUGGAAUCUGACUCUACGAUUGUUGACGAUGAGGAGGAAGAUGGCGAAGUCGUGGGGUGGCCACCAAUAAAGUCAUGUAUGACAAAGUAUCAUAAUUACCGUCGUAGUCGUAAUCACCCAUAUCACCAUCAUGGUAGGAGGAUCAACAUACCUAAUCCAACGGCUACAAUUAUUGGACUUAGACCGUCAUCGUCAUCAACAUCAUCACCGAGAUCAUCAAUGUAUGUUAAGGUGAAGAUGGAUGGUGUGGCAAUAGCUAGAAAGGUGGACAUCAAGCUUUUCAACUCUUACGAGUCUCUCACUAAGUCCUUGAUCACCAUGUUUACUCAAUACCAAGAUUGUGAUAGAGAAGAUACAAGUUACAAAUUCACCUUCCAGGGGAAAGAGGGCGACUGGCUAUUACCAGGGGAUGUUCCAUGGAAGAUCUUUGCUGAGUCUGUUCAUCGAAUAUCAAUAAUUAGAGAUUGCCCGUGUGCAUAUACACGGCUGUUGUUCUAAAAAUAACUUUUUCAAAGCAAUUAUUAUUUGUAAUUAAAAUGUCUACCUUAUCAGAUUUUCACUCGAUUUA